GUGAACGGCCAACUCCAUUUAGUACACAUUUAUUCCGGGUUGCUUCAAGAUCGAAUUUUGGGAGUCACCGGUGCUGGCACUGCGCAAUUGCUGAACUGCAUUUUUAUUUUAAGCAACCCCAACCCCCCUCGAAACGGCAACCAUGCUGUGGAAAAUCUUUUCACUGCUGAUUGCGCAUGUCCUGUCGUUGGAGGCUGCUGCUAUCACGCAGGAUACAUUCAUCGCACCAACACAGGAGAAUCCAGCAUCAUCGACUCAAUCAUUGAAUGUCCUGGCCUCGACCGGUAAAAGUAAUGAUUCAACCAGAAAAAGCGUAGUCGUGAACUGGAAGCUGACCUGCCAACAUCUCUGCGGUGAAGGGUACGGAGGACCCCCAUGUGGGUUCUUCUGCCUACACCGGCAGAACGUUACAGACAACUCAAGUAGAAUCAAAUUGAACAAUGAAGGUCAUGCUGAAAUUUGUCCAACGCUUUGCCGUAAUGGUUUAGGUGCUGCGAAAUGCCAUUGUAACCCAAUGACUUCUUCAGACAUAGUCCACGAUCGCAAUAGUGUCUGCACUACUUUCUGCUCGGUGGCCAACAUCCAACUCGAAGGUUGCAGUGCUUGUGCUGGAGAAGCUUUCUCUGAUCCUAACUCUGCAUCCGACGUGCAAACAACGACACCGAAUUGGGACGAACUAUGCACUCUAUGGUGUAGAAUGGGUGAAGGCGGGACAUUAUGCAAUUGUGAUUUACCUCCAUUUGUUUGAGGAAAUUAAUUUAUUUUAGUUUCGUUAUUAUUGUUUUGCUAUAAAACCAUAAACUAUCGGUGAAUCAAGUUUUGAAGACAUAUUUUAAGAAGAUUCAGGAGUAACAAAAGUAGAUCAAUACAUAUCGAAGGAAAUUCAAUGUUGAUUUCCUGUAAAACUUAUAUUUUUUGUUUGUUAUUUUGGUCGACAAAUAUUACUAAACUUGUAUUGAAACUGAAUUGAUCAAAUUUAAAAUUAAGAAGAACGCAAAUCAAAGGGCUUCCAAACAAAUAUCACUUCAGAGGAAUAUCCGUCAUAAGUAGUUGUGUAUAUCAAAAAAUAUUUCCUCAAUAGUCAACCCUCAUCCAGUUAGAGUGGAUUAGUUAUAAUAAAUAAAAUUCAUUAUUUAUUACUUAACAGCUUACUUCGCCGUCUACUAACGAUGGGGAAAAAGCAUGAACUCCAAUUCGAUAGAGUUAUCUCUGUUGAACGUCAAUUUUUUAGUAUAAAUUCAAUGAUGGAACUCUCUUUUAGUUUCCCUGCCACGCAAUGCAGGUCCCAUUUUAAGUGCAAAGCCAUUAUAACACAACACAUGUACAUACGUACAAACAUCAAAUUUGAACAACUAACGUCUGUCAUCUUCAUAAAAAACUAGGCGUUUCAAAUUGAAAUCUGCUGUAAAAGACAAUAAAUAAUAUAAGAUCAACAGACAAAGGCAGAGUUAAUGAAAUAAAAAAAAAACUGAAAAACUGUAGCUUGCGUUAGGAAUUAAUGUUGUAAUUCAGUAAAUACAGAAGUUUAGACAUGCUUGAAUAAACUUGAAAACCAUACGCAACCAAGACCGAAGGAAGUAUUUCGCGAUAAUUUCGAUUGUUCUCAUCAGACCUACAAAAAUGACAUCAAUAAGAAAGAGCAUUGAUGUGAUAUAUGAUAAUACACAAACUUCAAAUUUGCUGCAAAAAUAACAUCUUACUCUACCGUAACUGUUAAACUAUAAGAUCGAAACAAAAUUGUACACUAUGAGCACAACGCUAAAAUGCAAUGACAUUGAGACAAUAAACUCUGAUGUGUAACCGUACUAAUACCUUAAUGGAAAAUAAAAAAACUGUAUUACAUGUUUUAAGCUACACACCA